AUGGCUGAGGUUCAAUUUCAAGAAGAGGAAUUCAUUAAUCCUGAUAUUGAGGUAUUUAUUUCUUACUUUGAAAACCUUAAUAUAGAUCCUGAAUAUGACAUUUAUGAUGAGUACACAAGUGAGAAUUAUGGAAACAUAGAUGUCAGUUUGAGUUUAGAGGAACCCAUAAGCCAUAUUCAAUCAUUAACACAGGAGGAAAGAGAAACUGAAUCGAACCAACAGCAAACAUUAAGACAACAACCAGUAGGUAGUAAGAGGGAACUACCAGUUCAGACCAGAAAGUUAAUUGUACAACAAUUAACUAGUUUGUCUAAAGAACCAGAUAGACGUUUGCCAUGGGGUACAAUUAAAACAAUUGCAUUGCAACAUAACACAUCUAAGUGGACAAUAGCAAGGCUGUGGGAAUCAGCCAAAACAUCAAUGCAAAAUGGCAUUGUAAUUGAUGUUAAUAGUAGGAAAAGGGGAAGAGUUGGUAGGAAACCAAGAGUCUUUGACAUGAAUUUGCUUAAUGCUGUACCAAUUGAAAAGAGGACCAUAAUUAGAGCAAUGGCCACUGCAUUAGGCAUUGGUCAUUCACAAGUUUAUAGAAUGAUGAAAUCCGAUGAAAAAUGGUUGUACAUGAGUAGGGCAACACAGAGGUAUUAUUUAUUCCCUUCGGAAGAGGAGGAGCCAUAUAGAUGUGUGCAAAAUAAAAAUUUCAUAGGCAAAGUGAUGUUUAUAGCAGCUGUUGCAAGACCUCACAUUAAUUCAGCUGGUGAAGUGUUGUGGGAUGGGAAAAUAGGAAUUUUUCCGUUUACAGAGACUCAUUAUGCAAUGAGGAGGUCAGAAAAGAGACCAGCGGCAAAUGGGGUGAAAGAUAUUUGGAUUCAACAAGAUAACGCCAAGCCGCAUAUUUUAAUAAAUGAUCAUGCAUUCAAUGAAGAAGCCAAGAAAGACGGAUUUAACAUUAGACUAGUUUGUCAACCGGCCUCUAGUCCAGAUAUGAACAUCUUGGACUUGGGAUUGUUUAGUGCUCUACAAUCAAUUCAAUUCAAGUCAUUUUCCAAAGACCUCAAUGAUCUGAUAAAGGCGGUUAAUGAUGCGUACGACACUUUUGAACCAAAGCUUUUAAACUACACUUGGAUACAAUAUCAACUAUGCAUGAUAGAGGUACUAAAAGCUAAAGGCGGUAAUAACUAUAAGAAUCCACACAUUGGAAAAAAAAGACUGGACAGGCUGGGUAUGUUGCCCAGGCAAUUAGAAAUCCCGCAAGAACUAAUAGAUGCAGCACGCCAAUUUUUAUCUCAUGAUAUAAUUAAUCUCAAUGAUCUUUCGCACGAUGAUUGA